AUGAAAGAAAGCAACGGAACUGCUGGACAGAGAAAACGCGAGUGAGGAGUCUAGAUAGCGUGCAAAUGAGAGACACACUUAUCUAACAAUAAGAUUGACACGUACGAUUUUAAAUUAUAAUAUUUAUAUAUAUAAGUAUAUGUAUAUAUAUAAGUACACGGUAUAUAAAUUAUAUACGUAUAUAUAAUAUAUAAAUCUAAAAUAAAUUAUUUUAGAAUUUACAAUAAAUAUUAUGUUAUUAACCCCUUGCGCUGGCAACUGGUUCACGGACCAUAACGAGUGACCAAACCGUAUACAAUAAUUACGAACUGGUACACGAACCAUAACGAGUGACCAAACCAUAUACAAUAAUACUAAGAAUUAAUACUUCUCACUAUUGUCAAUACUGAGAAAUUAUUAAGAAGUAAUAAAUUUAUUAUUUAUUUUGCCUGGGUCACAUCAAUAUUAUAUUUAAAACUAAUUUACUUAAAACUGAAAAAAUAUUGCAAUUUUGGGACCAAAAAUUCUCGGCGUACGUGGCAUUCCAGGACAAGAGGAUAAUAUAAUAUAUUAUAUAUAUAUAGUAUAUAAAUUAUAUAUAUAAAAUACAUGUAUAAAUCUAAAAUUAUUAUUAACAUAAUAUUUAUUCAUAAUGAUGAAUUGAAUUCAUAAUAAUAUGUAUAUUUAUAUAUUUAUGUGAAUUCAUAAUAAUAUGUAUAUUUAUAUAUUUAUGUGAAUUCAUAUAAUAUGUAUAUUUAUAAUGAAUUCAUAAUAUAUCAUAUAUUAUGCAUAAAUAUUAUGUUAAUAAUAUAAUAUACUUAAAGUAUAUUAUAUACUAUAUACUAUAAAGUAUAUAGUUACAUACUAUAUAUAGUACACACACACACGCACAUAUAUAUAUAUAUAUAUAAAUCUAAAAUAAAUUGUUUUAGAAUUCACAACAAAUAUUACAUCAACUACGCAUUGAAUGUUACGUCAAGCGUAUCAUAAUUAAUUUUUCCAAUUAAAAAAGAAUCACGCUUUGUUUUUCAGGCAUACGCAUCGUUUGAACCCCUCGAUUAUUAUUUACACCCUACCCUUUACGCCAGGCGUCGACACGGUCACCUCAUUCAAACUUCCGCAGCAUUGUUUCUUCAUUAUCCGCGGAACAGGAGGCAGGUCCGUUCCGAAAACCGAGCAAAAACGGAAUCCCGAAACGAGAUUUCAAUCUCAACACGCGACAAUAUCGAACUCACUGGACGAAAUAUCAGCACUUGCGUCGCUAAGAAGUUCGAACGCGACCGAACGAAGUGAGAGAAGAAAAGAAGAAAAGAACGCUUCACCGCGUGGAUAUCCAUGCAAAAGAGGAAAAAAAGUGUCGUUGCUUGCUUACCUGAUUCUCCAGCCUUGCUCGAGUGGAGAGCCACGGUCGCGUGAGAUCAAUCGAUCCGCGGAAUCGAUCCGCUCGCGUAGCUGGCGAGGAGAACGAGAUCGUGGACGACGAUGUGCCGUGGCACCUUUUGUUUACCUAGCCACAGUCGGUGGCUCCCGAGAGCGUCCUCCGGAAUGUUACGGCGACUCCGGGCUCGACCGGUUUGGCGGCUAUUCGGCCCGAGUGUUGCCAACAUUCGCCUGAUUUCGCGGAGAAUGGGAUCAACAGUAUAAAAUUCGAACACGUUGUCAUUGCUUGAGCGAUAACAAUUGAAUGUCAAAACAAGACGUGAAUAUAGAAUACCAAGUGGCACAGUCAGUCAUUCAGAGAUACAUUCGAUUAAAGGGGAGCAUCUUCUUGAUCAUUAUUAAAAUGUUACAACUUUACAGACAUAUGUAAGUUUCAAUCAAGAUCAGGUUAUUACAAUUACAAAUACAUUAUUAUUGCAAUUAUAAACAUAUUUAUUGAUUAGUGAGAAACACAAUCAAAAUCUGAUUUGCCUAAUCAUAGAUCAUUAUCUAGAGAAUGUUAACGACCUUAGAGACACAUGUAAGUUUCAAUUAAGAUCAGAUUAUUUCAAUUACAAAUGCAUUAUUAUUGCAAUUAUAAAUAUAUUUAUUG